CGCCGCAGCUGCAGCCGCCGCUCGGGCUGCGGCUCAUCCCGGGUCGCGUUCGCCGUCCCGGCCGCGCCGCGAAGGGCACCCUGAGUGUGGCUGCGUGACCGGCCGCGGCGCGAGGAGCCCUUCUUCUGCCUCCCUCCGGCCCGCGCGGUGGACGGUGUCGGGACCGAGUGUGGCCGCCGCGCCCCUCGCCCCGCUCCCGGGCGGCCGCUCCGGCCCUUCCGGGCGGCGCCGCUGCCUCAGCCCGCUCCACACGCAGAUGUGGGAAGACAAAUGAAGGGGUUUAGAUGCCAAAUAAAUGUCAGUGGAAAGGAGAGCUACCGACACUAAGGGCUGAACACAAGUAAACUCCUUUUUCAGAGUUAAAGAAUUAUUUAAAAUAAAAACCAAGAUGGGGACGCCUGGUUCUGGAAGGAAAAGAACACCCGUGAAAGAUCGAUUUUCUGCAGAAGACGAGGCUUUGAGUAACAUCGCUAGAGAGGCAGAAGCAAGGCUAGCAGCAAAGCGGGCUGCCCGGGCUGAAGCGAGAGACAUCCGCAUGAGGGAACUGGAGCGACAGCAAAGAGAGAAUUAUUCUUACAGUCACAGCUAUGGGAUGAAGAAGCGAUCUUCUGGUUCUCAUAAAGACCCCCUGAGUGGCCUCUAUUUUGACCAGAGAAACUAUAGCAGUCUUAGACAUAGCAAACCUGCCUCUACCUACUUCUAUCGGUCUUCUUCCCUGUGCAGUGACCCGCUGGGGACAUCGAGUAAGAACAGGGCAUCAUUGUCUGGUGGUGGAUUAUAUAACCCUUAUGGUUCUCGAACUCCAUCUGAAUACAGUUACUACUCAUCAAGAGCGAGUUCCUCCAGGAGCAGCCCUGUGUCUAUCGACGACGACACCGCAAGCAUUGUGUCUUCUGAUCGUGCCAGUCGUGGGCGAAGGGACAGUGUGGUCUCUGCCGCUGAUUAUUUUAGUCGCUCCAAUCGUAGGGGGAGUGUUGUCUCUGAGGUGGAUGACGCCGGCAUCUCAGACUUGACCAGCUUGGAUGAAAAAUCAGACAAACAGUAUGCUGAAAAUUACACAAGACCUUCAUCUCGAAAUUCUGCCUCAGCCACAACGCCUCUAAGCGGAAACUCAUCCAGACGGGGCAGCGGGGACACCAGCAGCUUAAUAGACCCAGACACCUCGUUAAGUGAACUGCGGGACAUCUAUGACCUGAAGGACCAGAUACAUGAUGUAGAAGGGAGAUACAUGCAGGGACUUAAGGAACUGAAGGAGUCUUUGUCUGAAGUAGAAGAGAAAUACAAGAAAGCCAUGGUGUCCAAUGCACAGCUCGACAAUGAGAAGAAUAACCUCAUCUACCAGGUGGACACCCUCAAGGACGUUAUUGAAGAGCAGGAGGAGCAGAUGGCAGAGUUUUACAGAGAAAAUGAAGAGAAAUCAAAGGAGUUAGAAAGGCAGAAACAUAUGUGCAGUGUGUUGCAGCAUAAAAUGGAUGAACUCAAAGAAGGCCUUCGGCAGAGAGACGAGCUCAUUGAGGAGAAUCAGCGCCUUCAGCAGAAAGUAGACACCGUGACAAAAGAGGUGUUUGACCUCCAAGAGACGCUUCUGUGGAAAGAUAAAAUGAUUGGGGCCCUAGAGAAACAGAAAGAGUACAUUACCUGCCUCAGGAGUGAGCGAGAUGUGCUCAGAGAGGAGCUGCCUGACCUGCAGGAGACAGUGCCAACAGCAGAGAAACAUGGCUUAGUUAUAAUCCCAGACAGCACUCCCAAUGGUGAUGUCAAUCAUGAACCUGUGGUUGGAGCCAUUACUGCUGUGUCUCAGGAAGCUGCUCAGGUCUUGGAGUCAGCAGGAGAAGGGCCACUAGAUGUGAGGCUACGGAAACUUGCUGGCGAAAAGGAGGAGCUCCUGUCACAGGUUAGAAGACUGAAGCUGCAGAUAGAGGAAGAACGGCAGAAGUCUUCAAGGAAUGACGGCACAUCUGGGGACCUGGCGGGGCUGCAGAAUGGCUCAGAUUUGCAGUUCAUCGAGAUGCAGAGAGAUGCCAAUAGACAAAUUAGUGAAUACAAAUUCAAGCUUUCCAAAGCAGAACAGGACAUAACCACCUUGGAACAAAGUGUCAGCCGGCUCGAGGGCCAGGUGCUGCGCUACAGAACUGCCGCUGAGAAUGCAGAGAAAAUCGAAGAUGAGCUGAAAGCAGAAAAGAGGAAGCUGCAGCGAGAGCUACGGACAGCACUGGACAAAAUCGAGGAGAUGGAGAUGACCAAUAGCCACCUGGCAAAGCGGCUGGAGAAGAUGAAGGCCAACAGGACGGCCCUUCUAGCCCAGCAGUAGGGGACGGACCUUCCGCCUGGGUGCUGCUCCGAGGGCCCUGCCCAGAGAUACUGACUCUUUGUAUAUUGACACAAAGUUUUUCGAGUACUGUUUGAGUCUUGUCAUUAAACAGCCACCUUUGUAUUUUAUAAUUUAUGAGAAUGAAGCAGGUCUAAUUGUCAUGAAUUUGGAUUUUGUUUGUAGUUCACUUCUAGCGUGAGAACUAGUCUGUGCUGUUUUAUUUUUAAUUUUCAACAUCCUAGAAUCAUGUUUUCUCAACAUCCUCCUCCAGCUGCCUCGUUGACUGGGUACACGGGAGGCUGUGGUGUGUGUCUGGAGGAUGGCCGUUCUGAGUGCUGAGACACUUGCUGGAGACCUCAAAACACAAGUGCCUUCUCCACGGUGUGAUCCAAGCCUCAGAGACCGAGUGGCCAAGAUUCCUACUCUUCUCCCAGAGCAUUUAUAAUUCAGUGAGGAAGUAUUCAGGGGUGGGGAGUCUGUGUUUCGAUCAAAUUUGUUUGGAGAAAAAAAGGCCUUUUUUUGUAAGAUAUUUAAAUUUAUAUAAAAAUGUUA